AUGAUUUAGUAGCUAAAGUACUGAGGAAGAGAGUAAGUAGCUCUCGAAAUAGGUAUUUACUAUUACAAUAUAUUGUAGUAGCAUCUGGCAACUCGAUUGCCGUGAAUUAAGCGAUUCUAAUGGUUAGUUUGCCAUUCAUUGAAUGACAAGUGGCUGUCAAAGUUAGCUGGUCCCCUUGAAACUUAAGGAUUCUUCCUGCAAACUUGUUUUAAAUGUAUUUUUAUGAUCAGAGUUUUUUACAUCACUAUAAAAGUCAACUGUUACCUCAGAGCAAAAACGGGCGCUAGCAUCAUUCUGUAAGUAAAAAAUGUCGCGUGUAACAAAACGUAAACAUGUCAUGAAGGAAAUGUUCACUGAUGAUUUUGAACUGCCGAAAGAAAACCAGCAAAUUGUCCGAGUAGUGAGCAGUCGAGGAAACAAUCUGCAUGAGGUCGAACCGGCCGCAGAUGGCGAACAUUUUCUGGUUUCGAUGCCAACUAAGUUCCGCAGAAACAUUUGGGUGAAACGCGGCGACUUUGUCCUAGUCGAACCUAUUGAAGAAGGAGAUAAGGUCAAGGGAGAAAUAUGUAAAAUCUUGACAGCCGAGCACGUAAAAGAGUUUUCAAAGGAAGGAAUCUGGCCGAAGAAAUUCACCAAGAAGAGAGAGCUAGAACAAGAAGACGACGAACUUUUCCGCAAUGUCAAUAGGCGCUACGAGGAAUCCUCGGAAGACGAUUCGACAGGAAGUGACGAAGAAGGCAACUCUACGGAGGAUGAUGAAACACAAACAUAAUUGUGAUAAAUUAUUAAGAAAAAAAAACAAUAAAUGAAAAUUGCGCACGUA